GUAGUUGUAGCCCUCGUCCGAGUCCAUGGCGCGACGCGCGGGGGCCCGGCGGACGCUGGCCCUGAGGCGGGGAGAGGGCGGGGACGCCGAGGCCCCGGCUCUCGCUCCGGCUCCGGCUGAUGUCCGGACGCAGGCCUGGCUCCGGCCCCGCGGGCCGCGGCUCCUCCCCGGGCGCGGCGGUUGGCGGUUGGCGGCUGGCGGCGGCGGGGAGGGCGCGGAGGAGGGAGGGAGGGAGCGAGGGGGCCGCUUGCCGCCCGCCCCAGUCAGACGCGGCUCCUCUCCGGCCUCCGAGAGAAAACAGUCCCCAGCGCCACCUCCACGGCCGCUGCUACCGCUCCUGAGCCAACAAAGGGGCGUGCGUCACCGCGUCGCGCUGCGUCGUCGCGUCACUCCUCUUGGCGUCACCGCGCCCCGCCCCGCCGCCCCUGCGUGGAGUUCGGGGAGACCCCACAGCCCGGCAUGGCCGUGGGAGCGCGGCCGCGAGAAUUGGCUACUGGGUUCCAGCUGUCGUGGCUCUGUUGGUGGCACCAGUGGACCCAGUACUUGAGGAGGCUACGGGCUUCUGGUCACCGAAAGAGGGGGCCCUGGGUCGCCUGGGUGGUUGUUUUUGCCCCAGGCCAUGGGGAUCCAGCCCCCUCACGCAAUCCAGUGGGGAAGGCGGCCUUCCCCCCGGGCCAUAGAGACACUUCCCGCCCGCCCUAGAGUAAUUCCGGGAAGACCUAGGCUCUUGAGCUAAAAUUCCUGUUGUCAGGGCUGCUAAAUGGAAAUCUGUUUUAUGCAGAACCUCUAAACUUUGUGACAGGUCUCCGUGAAAACUUGAAGCUUGUGUGGAAGACGAGGAGGGGGCCUGAUGUGCAUGUCCUCCACGGCACCCCUUGUCUAGGGUUUCUCUAGGGCAAAUGCCCAUCUCACCUCUCACAUCCCCAGUGGUACCUCAGCCUUUAAUAUACUUCAUGGCAAGACAGGAUUGAUGUUGGAAUUCAACAGAUUGGACACAAGUGAUACAAUGCAGCCUAGUUAUGAAUGUGUAAAGGACUGCAGCAAGGAACAAAAAAGAAAUGACUUAAGGACCUGAAGAUUGGAGUGACCAAGGGAACCCAGAAAACAGCAGCAUCUGAUGGGUCCAACUAACCCCAAAGCUUUCAGAAAUGAAAAAGCUUUUUCUUUAUUUUCUUUGUUUGUUUCUUUCUUGGUUUUUUGUUUUUCAUUUGUUUUAAGACAAUACUAAGACUUAAAAGGCAUAGUCACCUCUUCCAGCUCUAGGAACCAGAUGCCACUCCUUACGGUUAUUUUGCAAUGUGGCAAGAACCGGUUCUUCAAUUUUGUCUUUCCAGCUAUCCCCUCACAGACAUCAUCCGUAAAUAAUAAUAGAGGGCUUGUGAUACAUGACUUCUUGUCCAGGAUUCUUUAUGAGCUACCUCACAUUUCGCUUUCAUGAAAAGGUGAUUUAACAUGCUGGAUGCAUGGCUUGACACACUCGAAUGCUGAAGCACUGAACAGAGUUCCCAUUUUAAAGAGUUUGAAAGGUCAAUAAAAUAAUAAAAAUCAUUACAUUGUAUCUAAAUGUUAUUAAAAUGUAAUAGCCCCAAAGUUAUACUAUAGUUAUUGAUUGGUAUAUUUUUUUACAUAAAGCAAAGCUGAGUAUACAUAGACACAUUUUUUGUGAAUGAUAACAAACUGCAUGUAUGAGUUAUGAGCCUUUGUUUUCUUUUAGGAUUGAAUGUGGGAGGUUGCAGAUGGAGAGGGUCAGAUAGAGGGAUGUUGUGCCAAAGUGAAUAUUCUGACUCAGCAAACUUUGAGAGGCACUAUAGCCAGAAGCCCCACUUAUUAAGUAUAUGACUUUUGGCAAGUUACUUAACCUCUUAAGAGCCUGUUUUCCCAUAUAAGAAAAAAUAGGAAUAAUAAUAGGAUUUUCUUCACUGGGUUGUAAUGAUUAACUUACUUAAUGUAAAGGACUAAUUAUGUUAUCAUUAUUGACACAGAAAAUGUACAGUGUUUUGUUUCAGAACUGAGAAUAUAAAAAGAUGAUUAUUCAGUCAAUUUUAAAGCAUUUGAAGAGUACAGACCAUUAUUCAUUUGUCAAAUUGUUGAAAAAUGUUGCUGUGCUCUUGUAUGCCUGUAUUUUUAUUGGUUAAUUCAGCAAGUUGAUUGUUUACCAACAGUAUGUCAGGCACUGUACUAGAUGUUGAGAAUAAGAAGAUAAACAAAGUCAUUUCAGCUCUCAAGAUGCUCACAGACUAGUGAGGGAAACAGACAUGUAAACCAUUAAUUACAUUAUAAUAUGAUAAGUACUAUAGUGAAGUAUGAUCUGAAUGUUAGAGGAGCAAGAAGUUAGGCAUUUCAGUGUGGGAGGUAGACAGGGUGUUAUGGAGGGGGAGGUGUGGCCUGAGCUGAGUAUUGGAGGAAAAACAAAUAAUAUUCUGGAAAGAGGGAGUAUGUAUGUGCAUAUAUGUAUGAAAGAAUAUGGCAUAUUUGAACCAUGGCCUGUUUGGGGAACUGCCAAUAGGUCAACAUGCUUGAA